CUGUCCAUCUCUUGCCCUUCACUUUUCUCCUUUGCUUUUUGAUGGGUUCUCAUUAGUAUAAUCUUUCUUUCUUUCUUUACCUGGUUAUAAAUGCCACCUCUCUUCACUUCAUUUUGCUUUCCCUUUACUGUUUCUCUCUCUGUUUUCCUCCAUUGCAAACUAAGCUUCCUUUCCAGCUUUCUGAAAGGUCCGUCUCUCUUCCCUCCACAUGCACACAAAGACCCACCAACCAUUUCACCCAUUUUAUCUUUUUUAGGCCCCUAGAAUCACCCUCAUUUAUAUUACUACCCCCCCUCUCCCUUUACACAUUUUGCCUUGAAAGAUUAGAUUUUUGUCUUUCUUUCUUUGCCAUUUCUUUCUUUUAUUAUUCACAAAAUUCUUAUUUUUUUGGCCAAUUGGAGGCCACGACUUGUGCUUCUAAACUACUACUCUCUGCAGCUCUGCCUUGUUGUGGCUAUUGGGUUUUGGUUUGGUUGAUUUGUGUUAUUCAGGUCUACAUUGGCCUCUCCAUGCUUAUUGAGUCUCACUUGCCUAGAAAAAGAGAAGCCCUUUAUUUGCUUUUGUGGGUGCUCAAGGAAGAAUAUCAAGGGGGUUAGCUUUGACACUCAGAUGACUGCAAAGGUGGAUAUCUGUUAAUCUCUUGGUGUAAAGUCAGAUUGCAUAAUACCGUUUUCAAUUGUGAUUUCUGGAGGACCAGAUAUGUCAUCUGAGAGUUUGAAUGCAGAACUAUCAAAGAAGACAUCGGUUUUUGGUCUGAAACUAUGGGUUUUAAUAGGAGUAUCUGUAGGAGUGUUUAUAAUUUCUAUUCUCUGUGCCUUAUCUGCAUGGGUUACAUUUCGGAGGAAAUCUAGGAGAUCAGUGGACAAGUACUCGCAUUCCAAAAUACCAAACACAUCAAAAGAUAUUAAGGUUGAUAGGGUUGGGGUUCAAAAUUUCAACGAUCACCCUGAAAGUUUAUUCCUCACAGUCAAUGAUAAAUUGAGUGACAAGAAUUCAGAGAAAAUGCAGGUUCAUUUGGGAAUGAGCAAAUCUAGUGAUCCUGACAAUGCCAGUCAAUGCAGCUCGAUUUAUCACCAUGAGAGGGCAUGCAGUUCCCAUUCAGGGGAAGAAGGAAGCUCUGGGACUUUUCGGAAGCAAUCUUCAUUAUCACACGCUGGACUUGUUACAGCCUCUCCCUUAAUCGGCUUGCCAGAAUUUUCACACCUUGGAUGGGGCCACUGGUUUACACUUAGGGAUCUUGAGUUUGCUACAAAUAGUUUUGCAGUAGAGAAUGUGCUUGGCGAGGGUGGAUAUGGAGUUGUAUACAAGGGUACACUAAUAAAUGGAACCGAGGUAGCAGUGAAGAAGCUUCUUAACAAUCUGGGACAGGCAGAGAAGGAAUUUAGGGUCGAAGUGGAGGCUAUAGGUCAUGUUCGACACAAGAAUCUUGUGCGGCUUCUUGGCUACUGUAUCGAAGGGGUUCACAGGAUGCUGGUGUAUGAAUAUGUGAAUAAUGGGAACUUAGAACAAUGGCUGCAUGGGGCAAUGCAUCAUCAUGGUAUCCUUACUUGGGAGGCCCGCAUGAAGGUUCUUCUGGGUACUGCUAAGGCGCUUGCUUAUUUGCAUGAAGCAAUAGAACCAAAGGUUGUUCAUCGAGACAUAAAAUCCAGCAAUAUUUUGAUUGAUGACGAGUUUAACGCCAAGGUUUCUGAUUUUGGAUUGGCCAAGCUCCUUGGUUCUGGAGAGAGUCAUAUCACAACAAGAGUUAUGGGUACAUUUGGUUACGUUGCACCAGAGUAUGCAAACACAGGCUUACUAAAUGAGAAGAGUGACAUUUAUAGCUUUGGAGUCCUGCUGCUAGAAGCAGUGACUGGAAGGGACCCUGUGGACUAUGGCCGGCCAGCUAACGAGGUUAAUCUUCUUGAGUGGCUUAAAAUGAUGGUUGGGACAAGAAGAGCUGAGGAAGUUGUGGACCCAAAUCUUGAAGUUAAACCAACAACACGUGCUUUAAAACGUGCUCUUUUGGUUGCACUAAGGUGUGUUGAUCCUGAUGCAGAAAGGAGACCUAAAAUGACCCAAGUUGUAAGGAUGCUUGAAGCUGAUGAGUACCCGCUUCGUGAGGAUCGGAGGAACAGAAAGACUCGUACUACUAGCAUGGAAAUUGAAUCCAUGAGAGAGGAAUCAACAGAAAGUGAAAACAAGGGAGUGGAUUCAGAAAGCCGUUUAGCUGAGACAACUCAUGGAUAGGACCAACGAGCACUAUGGGGGAGAAGCAUUACCUUCUCAUCCAUUAAAUUAAAAGAUUUCAAUAACUCAUCGAUAAUACACAAUCUAGAUGUUUGUUUUCUUCCUGCAUGGAAGAGGUGGCUUGGAUCCAGUUUACUCAUUUUGAUCGUGGAGUGUUGGCCUUCGUUCCAUACUGCCUUGGCACACAAAUGAGGAGUCGCUUUCAAUCCCAUAAAAAAAGGGCAACUUGAGAGAGAAGAAAGAGAGAGAGUUGUACAGAUGUUUGCUGAGGUUCAAUGGGCUUUCUUUUCAUUACAACGAGUACAAUUAUUUAUGGUUCUCAUACUUUGUUGCUUACAUGAUUAUUGUUCUUGGGAUAGUGAAUGAUUAUUUCCUUUCACUUUA